AUGAGAUUAAUUGGUCCAAGUUUCAAAUUAACGAUAAGAAAUUUUUCCUUCUGUCGUCCAUUAUCAGGGAUUUAUACGAAAACCUCCAUAAAUCCAGUCAAUUUUCAACUUUCACCACCAACCAAAUUUGCUCCCAAAUCAUUACUUUUGUUAUCUACGCCAUCUUUGCUUACACAACUGAUAGAGGAGUCAAUUCAUUUAUAUCAAGAUAAUGGAAUACAAGUUAUAGCUGCUGGAAUAGAUUGUAUGAUUCCCAAUUCUCAUCGUCAUGGUGUUUCUGAAAUGUGGCUUGACAAAUACAUUGAAAUCAAUGAUUCGGUAAAAUUAGAAGAGAGAGACGAUAUAAACAACCAACCAAAGGAAAGGGAUGGGGUACAUGUGGUUAAGGCCAGCAAAAACUGGAAAAAUAUUGAUUCUAAGUUUUCAAUCAGUAUACAUCCAGAUUUGAAGAUUGAUUUAAACCUUGCAAAUACAAUUUUUUCGACUACGAAUUUAGUGACAUUAUUUUAUUUCCAGCCAAGCCACUUGGGUGAACAAAGUAAUUCAGGUCAAACAUUAUGUGAUUUAAGAGUGACAUUGCCUGCUGAUUUGUUUAAGGAAUCUCCAAAAAUCGAAUCAAAAGAUAAGUGGACGCAAUUGCAUGAUUCGAACUCUGAGCCAUUAAUUAUAACAAGCUGUACUGGUAACUUAGUGAAAUUAAUCAAUAAAAAGUCUGCUGCUGGAUUUUUGGAACAAAAUGAUCGCUUAAUGAGUAUCGGUUCUAAAGACACCCAAGUAUUCGUUAAAAUAUAUAAAAAAGGUCUGAACAUUGCACAACGUUUUAAGGUAAUUGCAGGAGGUGGUGAAUGGGGAACUAAAGCCAAUAUACUUGCCAUUUCACCUGAGGCUGAACUAGACGUGGGUGAUAGAAUUGAGUUUUUUAUGUUGACUCCAGAAGAUAGAUUUUCUACUACAGCCAAAUUUGAUGAUGCCUCAUUAUCGCAUAAGCUUACCUUUGAAUGUUCUUAUGAAGAACGCUCCUAUGGGCUUAACAAUAACGAUGAUACAGUUGUCAUGGAAAACGUAUUUGGCUGUGGAUCAGAAAAUGGAUUCAUGUAUAAUAAUAUUCAACACGUAUCUGCCGGGGAAAGUAUAUCCAUAUCAUUAUAA